GUUUCAGCUUUUGAUAAUAAAUAAUAUUGAAAGAACUUUCUUCUCAAACCAUUCCUUGAUUUCGAUAUAGAGAAAGACACUACUUCACGGACAUUCGAGGUGAGUUAAUUUCUACUUUUACUUGUGUAGAAAGCAAGGGUUACAUUAUUUCAAACCCUAAUUAAUAUCUAACUUACUUUCGUAGCUUUCUCUUCUGUUAGAUUGAUGUCAGAAAUCACAAGAGAAACAACAAUGAUCUUCGAUCUCCCACAAAAUCUGAUAGAGGAGAUAUUUUCAAGGGUUCCGAUGAUAUCUCUGAGACAACUACGGUCUACAUGCAAACGAUUGAACAACCUAUUCAAACAUCGGAGAUUCAUCAAAAAGCAAAUUGCUUAUGCCAAAGCUACAAGGCAGUAUCAUGUUCUUAUGGUGGUAAACUUUAGGGUUUAUGCAAUGUGCUCCUAUAUCCAUGAAAUUAACAAGAACGUUGCUCCCUUGUUUAAACGUGGACUUAACCUAAUCGAUCCUGAUCGUAAAUCAGAAGUCGAUUUAUCUCAAGCCUUUCAUUGUGAUGGUAUAUUGCUAUGCUGCACCAAUGGAAACAUGUUUGUGGUUUGGAACCUGUUUUCAGGGAAAACUAAAUGGAUCGAACCGAAGAAUUAUCUUAAGAUAGAAGAAAAUGUCUAUGCUCUUGGAUACGACAACAAUGAAUUGUGCCAUAGCUACAAAAUCAUGAGGUUUCUGCAUAAAUACCACAAAAGAUUAGAGAUCUAUGAGUUUAGCUCUAAUUCAUGGAGGAAUACUCGUGUCACCAUUCCUAAAGGCUGCUUGAAAUCUCGUGGUGUGUCUUUGAAGGGAAGUGUUUAUUGGUUGUUUAAACUAAGAGAAGUCAAUGAGUACUCUCUACUUAGUUUUGAUUUUUCGACGGAAAGAUUACAACGUUUGUGUGUUCCCUUUCAUCAAGAAGCAGGUUGUUCCAAAGAAGAUUGUUUCAAUGAAGAUUGUGUCCAUGAUACUAUGGCUCUAUCGGUUGUUAGAGAAGAACAUCUUUCGUUGUUAUUUCAGAGCGGAGUGACACAAAAGAUGGAAAUAUGGAUAACCACUGAGAUUGAGACCACAUCUGUGUCAUGGAACAAGUUCUUAACAGUGGAUUUUGAACCUCAUCCCCAUAUGUUUUCGCGUGGCAUGAGUUUUUUCAUUGACGAGGAGAAGAAAGUUGCCGUUUGUUGUGAGAAAGUCCAAGAGAAUAAUAUAUUCAACAAGGUAUACAUUGUUGGAGAAGAUGAAUACAAAGUAUCUCCGGGUUUUGGUUUUCAUGAGUAUAGAGGCAUAUAUAGUUGCCCAACUAUGUUUGGUUAUGUUCCAAGACUACUUUAAAUCUAGCAACAUUAUUUCUUUUGUUAUAGAGUCAAAGACUUUUUUUUAUUGGCUCAAAUUAUGCUUUAAUAUACUCCAAAUUGUUAGCUCUCGUUGAGCAUGUAUAAUCUUUCAAUAGACAGAUUUCACUAGAAAAAUGAACCUGUGAAUACCUUAUGCUGUCUUUUCAAUUAUAGUUUGGCCAUUCCAUUUAUUUUUUCUCAAAAAAGAAUUAAAAAAAUCGUCGGAUUAUCGGUUACACAUUUUAGAAGCAAACGCAAUUCAUGACACUGCAUCCUCUUUGUUAGUGAUGUGCGUGUUUACUGUGUGUGUCCGCGUUUAUCUUUUGUUUUCCUUUGCUUUUCUCCUAAUCUUUGUUAAGGCUUUUUCCCAAAUAUCAGUUAAAGCACAUACACUUCCCACCCCUUUCCUUCUUUUUCUUUCUGAAAUUUAGCAUUCAUAGUCCUCUUUUGACAAAUAGUAUCAUCUUUCUUAAAUUUGAGAUCUCUUUUUAGUCUUUAGACAACAGUUAUUGUAAUGUCUUUUAAUUGAAUGACAUAAGUUAGGCCAAAAUAAUGAGUUCAAACUUCAAAAGCGUUGUUGAAAGUUAAAACCAGUGACUAAAAAUGAAUUGUAAUGGAUCGGCUCCGGAAAACCAUAAUCAUUAAUUUGAUAUUAAAUGACAAAUGUUAAACCAGUUUUGAACUGUAUGAAACUAUCAAUUGUGAAGAUCCAUUUCUUUAUGUGUUUUUAAUGUAGUUUAUCUUUAUACGUUACAAAUAAAAUAUUA